AUGGACAAAUUUAUUUUUUUUUCUUUUUUGCCCCUCUUUCUCUCUCCAAGUUGUUGUGGUGGGGAUGUCUCCUUUGUAGACGAGUUUGAGUGCUUCCUUUCUGUAGAAUCAUCCUUAUCAGAUCAUUGCUCUGCCCUUUUCCACUGCCAACUGGAAGUACUGAUUGGUGCGAGAGGCCUGUCCCCCUCUCUCUAUCUCGGCCUGUCCUAUCUCUCUCUCUAUCGGCCUGUCCCCCUCUCUAUAUCUCAACACCGGCCUGUCCCCCUCUCUAUCUCUCGGCCUGUCCCCCUCUCUAUCUCUCUCGGCCUGUCCCCCCCUCUCUAUCUCUCGGCCUGUCCCCUCUCUCUAUCUCUCGGCCUGUUCCCCCCCUCUCUCUAUCUCUCGGCCUGUCCCCCUCUCUCUAUCUCUCGGCCUGUCCCCCUCUCUCUAUCUCUCGCCUGUCCCCCUCUCUCUAUCUCAGCCUGUCCCCCUCUCUCUAUCUCUCGGCCUGUCCCCUCUCUCUAUCAAACCUGUCCCCCUCUCUCUAUCUCUCGGCCUGUCCCCUCUCUCUAUCUCUCGGCCUGUCCCCCUCUCUAUAAAUCAAUAGCCUGUCCCCCUCUCUAUCUCUCGGCCUGUCCCCCUCUCUCUAUCUCUCGGCCUGUCCCCCUCUCUCUAUCUCUCGCCUGUCCCCUCUCUCUAUCUCUCGGCCUGUCCCCCUCUCUCUAUCUCUCGGCCUGUCCCCCUCUCUAUCUGUCCCCCUCUCUCUAUCCUGUCCCCCCCUCUCUAUCUCUCGGCCUGUCCCCCCUCUCUCUAUCUCUCGGCCUGUCCCCCUCUCUCUAUCUCUGGCCUGUCCCCCUCUCUAUAUCUCAGCCUGUCCCCUCUCUCUAUCUCUCGGCCUGUCCCCCUCUCUCUAUCUCUCGGCCUGUCCCCCUCUCUCUAUCUCUCGGCCUGUCCCCCUCUCUCUAUCUCUCGGCCUGUCCCCCUCUCUCUAUCUCUCGGCCUGUCCCCUCUCUCUAUCUCGGCCUGUCCCCCUCUCUCUAUCUCUCGGCCUGUCCCCCUCUCUCUCUCUCUCGGCCUGUCCCCCUCUCUAUCUCUCGGCCUGUCCCCCUCUCUCUAUCUCUAAGCCUGUCCCCCCUCUCUAUCUCUCGGCCUGUCCCCCUCUCUCUAUCUUAG